AUUGAAAGUGGGGGAGAGGAAACGGCAAGCGAGAACGAGUGAGAAUGGGAGAAGAAGAAGCUAAAAAUGUUGAGAUCCGGGGAUCCACUGAAGAAGCUACCGCGCCCCUCCCUGUUGACCCGCUAGUGUCGGCACCGUCGGAGUCUCCGAAGGAAGAAGCGGAAGAGAAGUCGAUGCUUCCGUCGUCGCCGGAGAAGAAGCCCGAAGAGGUGAAUGCACUAGCCAUAGUUGAGAAGGUUAUAGAUCUUCCAUCAACUGGGAAAAGCUCUGGUGGUUCAGGUUCAGCUGAUAGAGAUGCUGUUCUUGCACGGGUUGAGAAUGAGAAGAAAAUGUCGCUUGUCAAGGCCUGGGAAGAUAGUGAGAAGGUCAAAGCUGAGAACAAAGCAAUUAAGAAGAUGGCUGAUAUCUUAGCAUGGGAGAACUCGAAGAAGGCAGCAGUAGAAGCUGAACUAAGAAAGAUAGAGGAAGCCCUGGAAAAGAAGAAAGCAGAAUAUGCUGAAAAGAUGAAGAACAAGAUUGCUACAAUUCACAAGGAAGCAGAAGAGAAGAGAGCCAUAGGGGAGGCCAGGCGCAGUCAAGAUAUUCUCAAGGUAGAAGAGAUGGCUGCAAAAUACCGUGCAACUGGUCAUUCUCCAAAGAAGCAAUUGGGAUGCUUUUGAGGAAUGAUGUAAUUUCUUUUGCUUUGGUUGUCAGAGUUUUGAUGUUCGUUCUUGUUUUUCUUCUUUUUUUUUUUCAUCUUUGUUUUUGAGUGACAUUUUUGGCAGUUUAAUUGUGGCGUGCAUGUGUGAUCGUAUUUAUACAAAUUAUUUUUUUGAAAGAAUAAA